AUUCCUCAAAACUGCUAUAAAAUAGCUCACGGGCUCAAUAUAAACCUGUGCUGAGAUCACUGGAGCCUUUAAAAACCUGUACAGUGCAACCUUUGGAUUCCCAGACAGCACUUUUUCAGACAAUCAUUGCCUUGGCUCGGACAGAAGAAACUGAGGGGGGAAAAAAAUGAGACCGAACUUUGGCAUCCAGUUCCUCCUUCUUGUGUUGAUCUGCGUCUGUGGGGUCUACAGUACCAAUGUCACCAUUCUGUCUAAUCCCCCAACAAACGGAGGGUUGGUUCAGACGAACCCGGAUCAGACCGUGACUCUGACCUGCGCAGUCAUCGACUCUGCUGCGCCAGAAGAACUGCAGUGGUUCCGAAACGGACAGCAAGUGAGCCUCAAAGACGGAAACCGCGUAAACACCAGCCAUGUGUGCGUGGACCCAGUGUCCAGAGACGACAACGCCGUCACCUUCACCUGCCAGCUGAAAUCUAACGCUGACGUGAAUGCCUCCAUCCAGCUACAGGUUCAGUAUCCGCCAACGCUAGGACUGGAUGUGGAAAUGUUAGUAGAGGAGAAAAGCGAUGCCGCUCUGUCCUGUGACGUUCGUGCUUAUCCUCCGGUCAGUGUGGUCUGGAAGAAGGACAAUAAUCUUCUAGAUCUUUCUUCCAGCAGCUACAAGACCAGCAACAACGGUUUUACGGCGACGCUUCACAUUACAAACAUUAAACGCCACGCGCACCAGAGUGUGUACACCUGUGAGGCCAACUCAAACAUCUACGGCGUCAGCAAACGGAGCUUCAGUGUCACUGUUGUAGACCAGGUGAUGAAGUUCCCUCUCUGGCCUACAGUAGCCGGUGUGGUGGUCAUCCUCUUAACGAUCCUGCUGGCUGUCGUUUCCCGAUGGCAGAAGAUCAUGAAGUGCUUUAAGAAAGACUGACGUUUCUGUCAAAUGGGCCAUCACGUGCGGCUCGUUACGGCCAAAUCCACUGCACUGACAAUCACAGAGAGAAAACAGGAACCCAACACUUCUUCUUCUUCUAUAAAGAGAGUUCAGCUUAAUUAAAGAUGUUAAAACACC